AUGCUGCGGAAGCUUUGUUCUCAAGGUCGAGGUCUGUUAAUCUCAUCAUUUGGUGCCAGCAUCUGGUUUUCAAAGACAUCGAUGUAUUCUGUAGCUCUAAUUACUUGUCCGAAUUCCACAGUCGCGGAAACUAUUGCAGAUACUCUAGUUAGUAGAAAACUGGCAGCUUGUGUCAAUAUCAUACCCUCAGUUAAGUCUGUUUACGUUUGGGAAGGGAAGGUGGAAAAGUCAGACGAGCUUCUUCUAA